AUGGAAUUAUUGGUGCCAUUAAGCAAGACUAUCGAUGAGGAUGUGAAGCAGUUGCAGCAGUCGCAUUUGGACCGCAAAUUCGUGGUCUUUGACGAAGAUCUGAGAAUCUUCUUGCUACUGGAAUCCAACUCUACAAUUCACGAUAUUCAAGUGUAUAUCAAUGAAGCAUGCGUUUUCAACACGGAUCGACCCAAAGAAUGUUUGCUCAAUCAUGGUGAUGGUCUUUGGGAGCUACAAAAAUCGGUUGUAGACGACUACAUUUUUCAAUCCAAUAUGGUGAUGAAUAACGGCCAUAAGAAUCAAUGGCUGAUCAAAGCUUGUUAUGCGGUUCAAAAGCUCGAGCAAGAAUCCAAGCCGUAUAGUGCCGAGUCGGAAACGGCACAAGAACCCCUUUUGCCAAGUUUCGAGCCUUUGGGAACAGUCAAGCCUCCCAAACCCGUGGAUGAGGAACCAUCUGAAAUAGAGCUUCACGCGGUAGAAACGUCAUUUCCAAUCCACACCUUGCUCAACGUUCGACUUCGCAAUGUUGCAUUGCCUGCCAAGCAGUGCAUUUUUUCAUCGCUCGAUUUGCAAACGUCCAAAUCGUGUCACAGCCUUAUGACCCAGUACGGUCUUGCAGAGUUCAAGAUUGUGAUGAACGAAAUCGACUAUCGGGUGCUGAACAAUUACUCCAGUGCUGCUGUAAAUCCAGUGUGCAGCUUAGAGCCAGGUUUGACGCUUGGUGUUUGGGAUAGUUACAGUAUCAACUACGCGCUGCCGCAAACGAAAACCCUGGACUCCCACCGCGUGCGUGUGCUGCUCCGAUACACCGUACAGACACAGCGCUUCGAGUUCGCGGUCAAAACUGCCUGGGAAACGGACGUCACGCUGCGAAGAUCGAAUGCCAUGGCGAGACUGGUGUCCCAGCCCACCUCAGUGAUGUCAACACCCAUGCAUACGCCGUCUAUGAAAUUUGCGGCUUCCACCAACUCCCUAGUCGCCACAGACAAGCUCAGCGGCGUAGCUUUCGAUUUCUUGGCUGUUCAGCCACCCAGGUUUGCCAUGGGUGCCAAGUUUUCUCUGCCCUUGCAGAUUAUAAACCACUCACCGGGGCCGUUGGACCUGGUUGUCUACUGCUCAAAUUCGGCCGUGGAGCCUCAGGGCCAAUUCCCAGUGGAGAAAGAGUACAUGUUGCAUAAACGAUGGAUGAAAAAUACACAGACUAUCGUACUACUGUCGAACGACCGUCGACUUCCAACGCUACAGCCGUCCGAAACCUUGUGUGUGAAUUUGGAGUUUUUUUCGAUUUCAAGAGGCUACUUCAAUGGGAUUCCAGGACUUCGCGUCCUGGAUCUGGAUUCGCAAGAGGUGCGGGCCAUUGGCGGCAGCGUAAAGAUACAAAUCUACUGA